UGCAAAACACUUGACUAAAUUCUAGUGGAUUUUAUUUGGCUGCACGGAGACCAAACUUUCUAAAGAGAACUUCUGAAGGAAGGCUGAGUCUGAAAAUCAUUCUGACGUACAACACUGGCAGGAUCUGAGGGGUUACCGUGUGUGGUGUGUAUCCUCAGGGUUCGGACGACUGUUUGGUGAAGAUCUGGGCGACGGAUAAUGGGCGUUUGCUGGCGACACUGAGAGGUCAUGCGGCAGAGAUUUCGGACAUGGCUGUGAAUUAUGAGAACACCCUGCUGGCAGCCGGCAGCUGUGAUAAAAUGAUCAGAGUGUGGUGCCUGCAGACCUGCGCCCCGCUGGCAGUACUGGAGGGCCACGCGGCAUCCAUCACAUCAUUACAGUUUUCUCCUCUGUGCAGUGGUAAUAGGAGGUUCCUGUCCUCCACUGGAGCUGAUGGCACCAUCUGUUUCUGGCAGUGGGACGCACGCACGCUCAAAUUCGGGCAGCGACCCAGCAAAUUCAUCGAGCGGCCCAGACCAGGCGUGCAGAUGAUCUGUUCCUCUUUUAGUGCCGGUGGCAUGUUCCUGGCGACAGGCAGCACUGAUCACAUCAUUAGGGUUUAUUACUUUGGAGAUGGACAACCAGAGAAGAUAUCUGAGCUGGAGUCACACACUGAUAAAGUCGACAGCAUCCAGUUCUCCCAUGGUGGUGAUCGGUUUGUGAGUGGCAGUAGAGACGGCACAGCGCGGGUAUGGCAGCUGCAGCAACAGGACUGGCGAAGCAUUCUCCUGGACAUGGCCACUAAACUACCUGGCAAGUACAACCCUCCACCUUUAGAGGACAAAGUUACCAAACUGAAGGUUACUAUGGUGGCCUGGGACUGCAGUGACAGCACAGUCAUUACCGCUGCGAACAACUUGACAUUGAAAGUGUGGAACUCUUACACAGGGAACCUUAUUCAUGUGUUGAUGGGCCAUGAGGAUGAGGUGUUUGUGUUGGAGCCACAUCCGUUUGACUCUAGAGUGCUUUUCUCUGCUGGGCAUGAUGGGAACGCAAUCGUCUGGGAUCUGGCAAGAGGAGUCAAAAUACGCUCUUACUUUAACAUGAUCGAGGGUCAGGGCCAUGGUGCGGUCUUUGACUGUAAGUGCUCCCCAGAUGGGCAGCAUUUCGCUUGCACAGACUCCCACGGCCACCUGCUCAUCUUUGGUUUCGGCUCUAGCAGCAGAUAUGACAAAAUAGCAGAUCAGAUGUUCUUCCACACUGAUUAUCGGCCGCUUAUUCGUGACGCCCAUAACUUCGUGCUGGACGAACAGACCCAGCAGGCACCUCACCUAAUGCCACCGCCUUUCCUGGUGGAUGUGGAUGGGAAUCCUCACCCUCCACGCUACCAGAGACUGGUUCCAGGCAGAGAGAACUGUAGAGAGGAACAGCUCAUACCCCAGAUGGGGCUCACAUCAUCAGGGCUGAAUCAGGUGGUUAGUCAGCAGGCUCCAGAAGGCUCUAGUCCUCUUGAUAGUAUGAUCCAGAGACUACAGCAAGAGCAGGACCAGAGGCUGGGUUCUGACAGCAGAGCAAACAGAGGAUCUGUCAGUUCUCCCACAGAAGUCACUUCUCCACCCAAUGUGGGUCUGAGACGCAGUGGACAGAUCGAAGGUGUUCGCCAGAUGCACAGUAAUGCUCCACGCAGUGAGAUCGCCACUGAGAGAGACCUGGUAGCCUGGAGUCGACGGGUUCUUGUUCCUGAACUAUCACCAGCUGAAGCAUGUAAGCAGGAGAUCUGGCGUACAGCUAAAGGAGAGGAGGAAAUCAGCAUCUACAGAUCAGAAAGGAGGAGACGCAGCAUACACAGCCAGUACCACAGAGAAAACCGGCAUGCUAUAGAAAAUUCUGUAGAGGAGGGGCGUCGUUACCAGGGUAACCAGCAUAACUACCAUACACGAUUGGCCGUGGAGGAAACGAGUCGUCAGAGUGAACCCAACGAGGAAGAGCACAGUGCCUCUGAGGGUGAAACCGAAGCAAGACCUCCGAGCAGAGAAUCAUCAGAUGAGGAGAGAGAGGAAAAAGAACCCUGGCCUGAUGAUAACAGCAGCUCCAGCGAUUACUCCAGCGAUUACUCAGACUGGACAGCAGAUGCUGGAAUAAACCUCGAACCGCCCAAGAAGACAAGCAUGAAGAAAAAGAAGAAGAAUGCCAGCAGCUCAGAAGAAGAUGGAGAGAAGAAAAAAGACUCCAAGAAGGAGAGGAGAAAAGAAAAGCAAGACAAAGAUGGAGCACUACCAAAGAAGAAGAAGCCAAAGGAGAAACGAAAGAGAAUGCCUGAACUGCAGAACAAGGGUUUGACAUUAGAGGAAUGGCUGCCUUCUGCCUGGAUCACUGACACCAUGCCACGGAGAUGCCCCUUCACCCCACAGAUGGGUGAUGAGGUAUAUUAUUUUCGCCAAGGCCAUGAAGCUUAUGUGGAGAUGGCCAAAAAAAACAAGAUCUUCAGUAUAAAUCCUAAAAAACAGCCCUGGCAGAAGUUAGAGCUCAGGGAGCAGGAGCUGUUGAAGAUCGUGGGCAUUAAGUACGAGGUGGGUUUGCCGACUCUGUGCUGUCUGAAGCUGGCCUUCCUGGACCCAGACACUGGCAAACUGACAGGCGGCUCGUUCUCCAUGAAAUACCACGACAUGCCUGAUGUCAUCGACUUCCUGGUACUUCGGCAGCAGUUUGAUAAUGCAAGACAGAGGAACUGGAUGAUAGGUGAUCGUUUCCGGGCAGUGAUAGACGAUGCCUGGUGGUUUGGUACGAUUGAGAGUCAGGAGCCUUACCAGGCCGAAUAUCCAGACUCUCUCUUCCAGUGCUACAAUGUCUGCUGGGAUAAUGGAGAUACAGAAAAGAUGAGCCCAUGGGACAUGGAGGAGAUUCCCAAUGAAGCAGCUUUUCCUGACGAGUUAGGUCUGAGUGUGCCUCUGACUGAGGAGGAGCAGAAGGCCUUAUUGUACAAGCCCCUAGAAGGAGAGUGGGGCUCACGCACACGUGACCAAGAGUGUGAACGCAUCAUCAGGGGCAUCGACCAGCUUUGCACUUUGGAUGUGGCCGUACCAUUUGAACUGCCAGUGGACUUGCAGGCAUAUCCAACAUAUUGCACCGUAGUUGCUUACGUCACAGAUCUGAGCACCAUCCGACAAAGACUACAGAACCGUUUCUAUAGGCGAAUGUCAUCGUUGAUGUGGGAGGUUCGCUACAUCGAACACAACGCUCAAACCUUCAAUGAACCAGGCGCAUUCAUUGUUAAAACUGCCAAAUUCGUAUCUGACCUCAUGCUACAAUUUAUCAAGGACCAAAGCUGUACAGAUAUUAUUCCACUGUAUAACAGUAUGAAGAAAAACACUUUCUCAGAUUCAAGCGAUGAUGAAGAUGAGGAUGAAGAACAAGAGGCACCUUGUACAUCUAGCCGCAAUAAGAAGAGGCGGCAGCAGCAGCCAAUCCUGAGGAGUCUGCGCAGUAAACCAUCAUCAGACCCUCAGAGCUGGAAGGGGCGCUGCAGAGAGCUGCUGGAGCUUAUCUUUCAGUGUGAAGAUUCAGAGCCUUUUAGACAGCCUGUGGAUCUGGAGGAGUAUCCGGACUACUUGGACAUUGUGGACACUCCUAUGGACUUUGGGACUGUCUUGAACCGCCUGCUAGAAGGAGAGUAUGACACUCCCAUGGAUCUUUGUAAAGAUGUACGUCUCAUCUUCAGUAACUCCAAAGCCUAUACACCCAGCAAAAAGUCCAGGAUCUAUAGCAUGAGUCUGCGAUUGUCCGCUCUGUUUGAAGAGCAUAUCAGUUCGAUUCUGACCGAUUUUAAAGCUGCUCAAAGUCUGCACAGUGAGCGAUUCACCCGUCAGCGGCUGCACACUGAGCGUUUGACCAGACAGUCUGUGAAGAGGAGGAAGAGCUCUUCACCUUCAAGCUCCGCCUCUAGUCCAGAGAGGAAGCGACGGGUUUCGUCUCGCGCUCCUCCUCGAUCUAACAGUGCAGCUCCACCCACUCCUGCUGGACCUUCCCGGGCUCCUUCUUUAAGGCAAACACAUCCACAAAUCAACGGCAAGGCUGAGCCUCCUGUUGUCCCAGGUCGGACACGUAGCUCGGCCCGCUUUGGAACCCAGCCUGCAGAUGCAGCUUCUACACAGUCAGCUCCUCCCACUCCACCCAGCCACAGUAAGACAGCAGAGCCCUCCUCUAGAGUCCUACGCACCCAAAACUCUCACUCCAUCGGUGUCUCCAGAGAAACCAAGAGCUCUGCAGUUCCCCACACAAACGAGGGCGGGGCCAGAGAGUCUCGCAGGAAACUUCGGACACCUGUAAAACUCACACUAGGUCCAGUCAAUCCCAACUCUUCUCCUCAAAAUAGUUUGCAUUUGAAUGGCCAUAGUCAAGUGACUCUGGGAGUGGUACGAAGAGGUCGGGGCAGACCCAGAUUAGAUGCACAAAUACAAACGCCAGUAGUGGUACCGCCGCCCCCACUGUCCCAGGCCUCUGGAAAAAAGAGAGGGAGGAAAAGCAAGAAAGAGCUGGAGUCCCUACGAAGAAGCUCCUCCCACGAGGAGGAGAUUCUUCUGUCUACCGGUGAUGAGGGCGGGGCUUCUUCUACAGCCCAGGACAGUAGUCUUUCAGAUUCUGGCAUAGUGACUCCAGAGUGUUCGAAACCACGAGGUAGACCACGAGUCAUCAGGACGCCAGAUACCCCAGCUCCUUCAAGCCCCAAAGCACUCAGAAGGAGCAGUCGGCGUGGCAACGAAGAAACCACACCCCCGACACCAGGCCCCGCCCUAAGGGAGGAGCCUGACAUUUAUAUGGGAGAGGAUGAGAGCUCAAAAGGACAGAUGAGAACGCGUAACCAGGGUCGAAGGACAGCUUUCUAUAACGAAGAAGACUCUGAGGAAGAGCAAAGACAGCUUUUGUUCGAGGAUGCCUCGAUUACAUUCGGCACGUCCAGCAAAGGGAGAGUCCGCAAGCUCACAGAGAAGGCCAAAGCCAACCUUAUUGGCUGGUAACAAUGCCAACUUUGCAUGUCCUAUGCGACACAACCCCUUAUCCUCGCCCCACUGGAGAGGGGAAACCAUUCCUGCUGCUAUCAGAUUCAUGAUUAUCUGAAUCUUUCUUUCGGACUCUCUAAAUAGAUUCUUACGGUUUGAAUCUUUGACUCUUUUGGUGACUUCAAGAGUCACAGCCCCUUGAUAAAAUCCCCUGAUACAUUUUCUUCCACUGAAAAAUCACAGAUGCAGUUAAAUACUGAUUUUCAUAUGCACUAUUUCAAUGCCAGUGAAAAAAGGUACUUAUACAGUCUUAUGAAUCCAAAUACCUGAUUUCAUCUCUCAAGAAAGCACUUGUUUGAGUGUGUGCGAGUGUGAAAUAACUUAAGCUUUUACUCUGUCUUGUUUCUUUAAAGUGUUAAUUUUAUGCAUUGUUUUUACACGGCUGUUGCUAAGGGCAACAAAUCAAACACUUGUUCAGAAAAGAAAAUCUAUUUUUAACAGAUCAUUGUGGAAGUGGCAGUAAAGCAGUAGUGGAGUGCAGAAAAGGACCUCAUAAAUCACGUGUUGUCUUUUUAACGUCUUUCUCUGCAAGUCAACAUCAGUGGCAGUGGUAAUUCACGUAUGUUUUUAUAUAAUUAGCAAUACCUUGUGCCUUUUCAUACAUUCAGUACAUUCUGGUUCCCAAGUUAUGAGAGAGAGUGUGUUCGAUGCUUUAUUGCAUUGAUAUAUCCAGUACAAAUGUGUGUUAUUGAUCUGUUGCUGGGAUAGAGGUUAGUGAGCAGCAUAUCUAGCCAUGACCACUGUGUGUUUGUGUGUGUGUGUGUGUGUGUGUGCGCACUCGCGUGUGUGUUGAGUUCAUGCAGUUGUUGAGGUGUGAUAGUGACAUCAUCACUCCAUGCCUGUUUUAUUUGGCUCCCUAUGAUCCCAAUGCACUGUGAUCCCCAACUAGAACCAUGACUUAUAAACAGUGGCCACAAAAAAAGUGUUUGGACACUUAAACCAGUUAAAAUGUGUGAAUGUCAUUGCAUUAGACUAGAGAAUAACAAAUGUUUUUUAUUUUUGCAAACAAAUGAUGGUAGAGAUUUUCUCAGAAAUAGCUUUUUUUUAUAUAUAUGGCUGAAAAUAUAUAUAUACAUUUGGAAAUUAUGUGACAUUAUAUUAAUGAUGAAUAAUUAGUCAUUUCAAAUUAUUAUUCAUGUUUUUUUUGUUUUUUUUAUCUAAAAAUGUAUGCAAGUGAAUGCAAAACAUUUGAACUGAUUUUAACAUGACUGUCGUCAAACAAGCAGCAUUUUCAUUUGGGUCUUUUUCUUCUUACCAAGGCUGUUUUUAUGAUUAAAAAUACAGUAAAAACAGAAAUAUUUUGAAAUGUAAAAAAAAUAAAAAAUUAAUAACUGUUUUCGAUUUGAAUAUAUAUUUAAAAACACAUUUAUUCCUGUGAUGGUAAAGGUGAAUUUCAGCAACUAUUAAUUCAGUUAUCCUUCGGAAAUCAUUGAAAUUGGCUAAUUUGUGUUCAAGAAACAUUUCUUCUUAUUAUUAUUAAUCAUUGAUAACUGUUGUGCUGCUUAGUAUUUUUGUGGAAGCUGUGAUACAGUUUUAAAAUUUCGAUGUUUGAUGAAUAAAAAAAGUUAAAAUAAACAGCAUUUACUUGAAAUAGAAAUCUAAUGUAACUAAAUUUCUUCACUGUCACCUGAUCCAUUUACUGAACAGAAGUAUUAAUGUCUUAAAAAAUAUAUUAUUUUAAAUAUAACAUUUGAAAGAUAGUAUACAAUUGUUUGUAACUACUUUGAUUAAUUUAUUAAAAACAUUUUGUUUAACUUUUAAUCAAGUGGUCAAAAGGUGAUUAUUCUAUUAGUUAUUUUAAAUUUUUUGGGGAUAUUCUCCAUAAGUUUAUGCAGGUGUCCUAACAGCAACCACAGUAAUUAAUCGCAUUAAACACCCCACAAUAAAUGCAUCCAACCAAUUUCUGUGAAGUAUUUUGCUUUUACGGUUGCUUUCUUCUAAAGUGCCUCUUAGUUUGAUAUUUUGAUAUUUAAUGCAAUGACAUUCAUAUUUUAAGGCAUUUUUUUAUAUGCAGAUGAUGCAUGUCUGAGACUCUCGAGUGUAUGUGAUGGCCAUUUCUGUGUGUGUGUUUAUGUACAAGCCCCGUGUUUUAUUGAGCUGGUGUUUAUAAUCUGUUGCUACAUGAAAACUGUAUUAUAUCUGACUCACGACCCCUCUAUUGCCACCAUACUGCACAGGAAGUGACAUCUCACGAACUGAUUGACAGGUUUUAGAGUGAAGAUCAAAGAUGGAUGCAUGUUAGUAUAUUCUCCGGGCUUUUAAAUCUGAAGGUACAGUCAUGUUUGUGGGGUCAGGGUCUUUUUUUCCCCCUCUCUGGUCUUAUAUCCUCAGACUGAGAGGCCUUUCUAUGUUAGUUUGUAUACUUUUAUAUAAAGGAAAAAGUGUAAAUAAAGACGUUAAAUAGAAUGUAUGUGUAGGGUGUACUGCUGUCACAUUAGUUCAUACUGAUAUUUUAAGGAAAUAAAACAUUUGUGUUUCCACAUAC